CGAUUACGUGGCGCGAGAGCGGAGGCAGGACGCAAGCGCGGCAGCAUGGCGGCUCCCGGUGGUUGGUCGAGUGUGUUCUUGUUGCUGCUCGUUGCGGGGAUCGCACGCCCUGCGUGGGGCCUCUACUUCCACCUGGGCGAAACGGAACGCAAGUGUUUCAUCGAGGAGAUCCCGGACGAAACCAUGGUCAUCGGGAACUACCGGACGCAGUUGUAUGAUAAGCAGCGAGAGGAGUACCUUCCCGCCACGCCCGGCCUGGGCAUGUUUGUGGAAGUGAAGGACCCCGAUGAAAAGGUGGUAUUGUCCCGGCAGUAUGGCUCAGAGGGCAGAUUCACCUUUACUUCACACACCCCAGGAGAGCAUCAGAUCUGCCUGCACUCCAAUUCCACAAAGUUUUCUCUUUUUGCAGGAGGCAUGCUGAGGGUCCAUCUUGACAUCCAAGUUGGGGAACAUGCCAAUGAUUAUGCUGAGAUUGCAGCUAAGGACAAGCUGAGUGAGCUGCAGUUGCGUGUUCGCCAACUUCUGGAGCAGGUAGAACAGAUCCAGAAAGAACAAAACUACCAAAGGUGGCGAGAAGAGCGCUUCCGGCAAACCAGUGAAAGCACAAACCAACGGGUUCUCUGGUGGUCCAUAGUCCAGACUCUCAUUCUUGUAGUUAUUGGAGUUUGGCAAAUGAGGCACCUCAAGAGUUUCUUUGAAGCCAAGAAGCUGGUAUAAAAAUGGAGUAAUAUCAGCCCAAAGCCUGCAUUUCUCCCAGGAGCAGUUCCUGGCACUUCAGGUGUCUGCGUUGAUCCCCUCUUCUCUCAUUGGCCCUUUCCACCAGACUGGGUACUUGCCAGGAUCUGUGCCAUCUACCUCCCACUGCCUCAGCUCUUCUUCCCCCUUCAACAUCUCAGCCUGUGGUGAUUCCAGUGCAGUGUUUUGCCCCAGGAAGAUGCUGCAUUCUUUCCAGAUAGUCGAGACCAGCCCACCCCUCCUCCUCCUCCUGCUCUUUAGCUCUGUAUGAGGAGUGUGUUUUGUUUUUGUCUUUGCAGAGAGGGGAGAGAGGCACAAUGUCUUCAACUUUUCUUCUGGCUAAAUAUGUUCUUCAAAAUUAGACUCUUCUGAAGGGUGAUUGGAACUUUGUGUACCCAGCAUCACAAUAUAUCAUAGCCAAGAAAACUCUUGCUGUUUUUAGCUGUGUUGCAUACAUACUAGCACUGAUUUCUAAAUAACACCAGUGCAUUGCUCAGGAUAAUGUUUUGAAUGAGAAGUUCUGGAGGCUCUCCUUGCAAUUCUCCUGUUCUAUAUAUUUGUCAUGAAUGAGAUGCAGUUUGUUUUGGGGAUUAGCUUCUGUGGAAUUAAUAGGUGGAGCGUAUUAGGAUUCUUUCUGAAAUCUGUCUUUCAGGCUUAAUGUGCUGAUCACUGGGCUACUAAUAAGUGAUAACUUAAGUAUUGAAAUUUACUUAGCUCUCCUGUAGCUUGUUAGUAUUAGGGUUUUUCCUGUAUCACCAUUUUCUGGCAGAUAGGAUGCUUCAUUUUCUCAUUACUGUGAAUGUAUAAGCAGUUACAAGGUUGCUUUUACAACAAUGCAACUCUUAAAGUAGCAGCAUUCAGUGGUAUAUUUGCAGUGGUAUCUGCAGCAAACCACAGUGAAUCCAAAAUUAUGCAAUACAUGUGAUCUCAUGCAAAUGCCACCUACUUGCAUCCCAAUGUGUGUGAUGCUUGUACAUAAGUCAGGGCAUUUGCAUGGCAACAUCACACACAUUUUGUCAUCUCUCCUGUCUUUGCAGAUGCCUGGAUAUCCAUGUUUCUGCUGCUCCACCAACAAAAUCUUAAUUACAUUUAUUUGGAAGAAAAUCCUACUGACUUCAUUCGAACACCCUUCCAAAUAAAGUUGCUAACAUUUUUAGCUUAAGUCUCCUUUGGGUUUCUUUUGCCAAAUUCCUGGAUAUCUAGCAAAUUCUACAUACUUAUUCUUACAAAAUUAGGGAAGCAUCCCCUUGUUAUCUCUUCAGCAUCUAAAUAUGGG